AUGCAGCUCGGAUCUAAAUUCGACUUGCGUCGAGACUCGGAACAAACUGGGACUUCGGAAGCUAACAAAACACGAGUCACCCCCUUCGGUGGAGAGAUUUCUACCCCCAACCUGCACAAGCUGGCUCUUGACGGCUACCGGUUCACGCAGUUCCACACCGCAUCUGCAUGUUCUCCCACGAGAUCAAUGCUGCUGUCAGGAACAGACAACCAUCUUGCCGGACUCGGCCAGAUGGCCGAGUUUGCUAGAAACUACCCGGAGAGGUUUAAGGGAAAACCCGGCUACGAGGGUUAUCUGAAUGACAGAGUAGCCGCGUUGCCCGAAAUCCUGCAUGACGCCGGAUACUAUACUUUCAUCUCAGGAAAAUGGCAUCUUGGGCUGGAUUGUCCUCACUGGCCUGUCCGGCGUGGUUUCGAGCGUUCCUUCACGCUGCUGCCUGGAGCCGGCAACCACUACAAGUACUUUCCGAAGUCCAAAGACGGCGGCGAGCCUGUAGGGUUUAUGAGGCCGCUUUAUGUGGAGGAUGACAGGCAGCUCGAUCCGUAUGAUCUACCGGAGGACUUUUACAGCACCCACCUGUACACAGACAAGGCUCUGGACUUUCUGCAGGACGAGAAACGAGCCGGCCGGCCUUUCCUGGGUUGUUUGACUUACACUGCCCCACAUUGGCCGUACCAGGCUCCACGCGAGGUGAUCAGCAAAUACAAGGGGCGCUACGAUUCGGGACCGGCAGUGUUGCGUCGCGAGAGACUGAAACGCGCGCUCGAGCUGGGAAUUAUCCCCGACGGCAUCGAGCCCCAUCAGGUGGAAACUCACCGCGACAAGACGUGGGAAGAGCUGAGCUGCGAGGAAAAAAAAGUCGAGGCACGGAUCAUGGAGAUCUACGCUGCCAUGGUCGAGGUUCUUGACGCUGACGUGGGGCGCGUGGUGGACCACCUGAAAAAGACGGGCGAGUACGACAACACGCUGAUUCUGUUCAUGUCGGACAACGGAGCCGAGGGCAUGCUUUUGGAAGCCAUGCCGUUGUGGAUGGAAAGGACAGAAAAUGCCAUUCGUGCUCACUACAACAAUUCCUACGAGAACCUGGGAAACAAGGACUCUUUUGUGUGGUACUCGGACCAAUGGGCACAGGCCGCCACCGCCCCGUCGUACAUGUACAAGAUGUGGGCGUCCGAGGGGGGCAUCCGGUGUCCUCUGAUUGUGAGGUAUCCGAAAUUUGCCCUUCCUGCAGGCAGCGUGAGCUCCGAGUUCUGCACGGUGAUGGAUAUUUUGCCGACCGUGCUGGAACUCGCAGGCGUCCAGCACCCGGGCACAGAGUACCGCGGCCGCAAAGUGCUCACGCCUAGAGGAAAAUCGUGGGUGUCGUAUCUCAAGGGAGGAGACAGGAUCCACGACGAGGAUAGUGUCACUGGCUGGGAGCUGUUUGGGCAGCAGGCUCUGCGCAAGGGCAAAUACAAGGCGCUGUACAUCCCCAAGCCGUAUGGCCCUGGAAAGUGGCAGCUUUUUGAUCUGUCAGCAGAUCCGGGCGAGAUCCACGAUCUGGCCGAGUCGCAUCCAGACAAGCUCAAGGAGUUGCUGGAUCACUGGGUCCAGUACGUGGCGGAGACAGGGCUGGUGGAGUUCAGCUCGGACGCGGCCACUUUAGUGGAAAUUGAAAACCACAAGCCUUAUAUCCACAGAAAAGUGCCAGAAAAUUAG